AUUUUCCUUUGAACAUAAAAUGAAUGAGGAUAUAAAUGCAGAAGAAAUCCACCUCCUAGUUGUAUGUAUUAAAUUUUGGUACACACCGUCUAUCAAUUGAACAAUAUUUAGGCAUGAUUUAUUCAUUUCGUACUAGUGUCGUGUACACGCUUCUAGUUGUGAUCAUAUCUAUCUUCAGUGAAAUUGAAGCAGCUCCAAAUAAAGAAAGAAUUCUUGAUAAAAGUGAUUUUUUUGGUGCAUCCGGAAUACCAAUACUUUUUGGUUUAUUUGGUGAAAUGACUGGACAAUUUUUAGAAUACGUAGCCAGUUAAGAUCUAUCAAAUCAAUAAUGGAGAUGAAGUCUAUGAAACCUUUUCAUCAUAUAGGAGAAAACUUGACUUUAAUUUAAAGUAUAGUUAAAACGAUCAUCUUCAUUAUUUCUCCUUUUGCUUCUAAUGAGUACUUCUGUUUACAAUUCAAAGUAAAUAUAUGUAAUCUUUCAU